GGUGAACGCUAGUUGGCGAGGUUGUCACUUUCUGCGCACUUCGUCCUUAAGAUGUGGCCGCGGCAGCACUGCUGUGGUGUGUGAUUGCAAACCAGUCACGGCAGGGACAGCUACCAUGAAGCGCGCACGAGAGGAGGAAGGGGAGGAGGAGCAGGAGCAGGAGCAGGCUGCUCCUGCGCCCAUGGUGGCAACCCCAGCUCACAACCCGAGACUAGCAACAGCUGCGACAUGGAACGACGCAGUGGACUUCGUGCAGGCUGUAAAGCAUACAUUUGAUCGAGCGAAGUACCUUGAGUUUCUCGACAUCGUCCGCCAAGUUGACAGCAUUGGCAUCAGUGGAAUCGUAGACCGCGUCAAGGUCCUGUUUCGUGGGCACCCGGAUCUCAAGAGUUAUUUCAACAUGUUCCUGCCGGAGCAGUAUGAGCUUAGUCUCACAGACGACGACUAGCUGGAAGAAGUGCCAGAAGCCGAUGACUAUACCUAGCUAGUCAUCCUUGCAGAAUUUCUUUGCUUUCCUCAUAGGUUAGCUGUACUGCUGCAGUGAUCGAUGAAUGUUUCUUUAUUGUAUGAACGGAUCUACACUGGCACACUGGUCAUGAUGAUUAGCUUUGCUGAAUAAUGUUCGGCUCUAUCCGUCAUCGAUGCACAUUUGUAUUUAAAUUUAUGAGAACCGUUUAAUUUGAACAGCAUCUUUUAUUGA